UAUCUUAGCAUGCUGGGUGUUGGAUAAGCGAUUCUUCAUAAAGGGAUUGUUCUGUGUUUGUCGCUGAGAGGAAAAGCCUUGAUAAUGUUGCAUUAUUUAUUGACGAUCUUUUUGGGUUUGAUGUCCGUAUUGUUGCUUUGUGCUCUGUAUGGACGGAGGCGAAAAGAAGGUGAGCCUUCGCUCAUUAAAGGCUGGAUUCCGUUUCUGGGGAAAGCUUUGGAAUUCAGAAAAAACUCUCAUCAGUUUCUUACAAACCUGCAAAAGGAGCAUGGAGAUGUUUUUACUGUACUUAUAGCAGGGAGAUACAUGACAUUUGUGAUGAACCCUCUCCUGUAUCCAUCUGUGAUCAAACAUGGCAAACAGUUGGAUUUCCACAAGUUUUCUGACAGCGCGGCAUCCAAGGCGUUUGAUUAUCCACCGGUACAGAGUCCCCGCUUUCCCGGAAUGAGUGACAGCAUUCAAAAGAUGUACAGUCUCCUGCAGGGGUCCGCCCUUGACCCGCUCACUACUAGCAUGAUGGGAAAUCUUCAGAGAAUCCUGCGACGUCUUUUUUCAUCUGGAGAGUGGGCAGAGCCUAAUAGUGAUUGGCAGGAGGCGGAUCUGUAUGAGUUUUGUAAACGUGUAAUGUUUGAGGCCACAUUUAAAACUCUGUACGGACAGUCGCAGCACCUUCAGCUGGAUGAGCUACGAGAGGACUUUGAGAAAUUUGAUGCCUCUUUCCCUUUACUAAUGGCACAAGUUCCCAUCGGUUUGCUGAGGAACACAAAGAAAAUCCGUAAGAAGCUGAAGAAUUUUUUCCAGCCUAACAGGGUGGCAGAAUGGAAUGCGCCCUGUGAGUUCAUACAGUCCCGAACGGCCCUGUUCCAACAAUAUGAUACGCUUCAAGACCAAGAUAUUGCAGCGCAUCAUUUUGCCAUGCUGUGGGCAUCGGUUGGAAACACUAUGCCAGCUGCCUUCUGGUGUCUGUACCACCUGCUGUCCCAUCCAGAAUCCUUAGCAGCAGUACGAGCAGAGAUUGUGGAUGUGGUUGGACAGAAUAACAUUCAGUCCAUUUAUACAGGGGACAUCACGAUCACACGAGGACAACUAGAUCAAAUGGUUUACUUAGAGAGUUCAGUAAAUGAGAGUUUACGUCUCUCCUCUGUAUCGAUGAACAUCCGUGUAGUUCAGGAAGACUUCUGUUUGCGUUUGGAUGCCCGGCAUUCUGUCAACCUACGCAAAGAUGACAUCGUUGCUCUAUACCCCCAAAGCACGCACCUUGACCCUGAAAUAUACGAUCAGCCUCAGCGGUUCCAAUUUGACCGUUUUGUAGAAGACGGAAAGGAUAAAACAGAGUUUUACAAAUUCGGUCAAAAAGUCAGAUACUAUCGCAUGCCUUUCGGCUCUGGGGCCACACAGUGUCCCGGACGAUUUUUUGCAACCAAUGAACUCAAGCAGUUUGUGUGUUUGACUUUGCUGAUGGGUGAAAUGCAGUUGCUGCACGGCCAGCAGGAGCCGACACUGGACACCAGCCGAGCUGGCCUGGGCAUUUUGCCACCCGCCAAUCACAUUCCUUUCAGAUACAGAAAAACACAGGAUCCAAUGAACAGAGGAAUAAUUUGACAAAAGUACUGUUACUUGCUCAUUCCAUACACAGAGCAAUCUGAAUCAAUGUUUUACACACUACAUUACACAGCAGCUUCCAUUUAUCCGUUCCGUACAUCACUUGCCCUUAUUGGGGUCUCAAAGAGCCCUGGCGUGUAUCCCAGCUACCUCUUACCAAGGCAGAGAAACACCAUUCCAUCACAGUAUACAACAUUGUUUAUCAUAAAUAUUAUAUUGUAAAAAAGUAUAAACAACCCAAUGCUAAAUAUUCCAAGCAUGCAUAUUUGGAUAUGUACUUGGUUCAAGGGAACGUGUGCCUCACUCAUUGAAGUAUUAAACUUUUUUUUUUUAAUGUUUAAAAAAUCAACUUGUAACAAUUAUAACAUUUCACAUCA